AUGACAGUGAGAUUGGAGAAGUCGAUUGCAGCAACUUCAGCACCUGCUGAGGGCUUCAGUGAGAUCUCCAAAGGCAGCAAUCAGGCUCUUGGCGUUCAGAGGAUAAAACUCACUUGAGGUGUGUGGUACUGGAAAGCUGAUACUAACACCCUUGAAUCUGGAAGCUCCAAUCCAGCAGCUGAGGAAAACAUCAAGGAAGGAAAAAAUUCUGCUCUCUUUCAGGAAAUUUGUGUUAAGACAUUAAAGAGCAUCUUCCAAGAGGAUUGCAGUGCCAUGCUCCCUGAGAGAAGGCUGGCUGACAAAGGAGAAUUGCAUAGGCUGUCCAAGUGGGUGCAACAUGAAUAUGUGACGUUGGAUGAUGUAAAAUAUGCUGCUCUGCUUUUGAAAGAAGUGAAUGACUCACAUGACAUUUGACCAUUCCACCUUCUACUUAGGAAUGAGAAACUAGAGGAGUUCCUCAUGGCCCUGCUCUUCUACCUACCUUUUCACCUGGGAAAAACUGCCCUGGAAUUACCUGGAAAAGGAAUGCAGAUCCUUGAUUUUGCUUGCAGUGUCAGCCGGCCGUGUUUAGAGGCGGUCCCGAAGCGCUUCGUGGGCCUUUUUGAAGAGCAAGAAGAUAUGUUGGUGAAGUUAGGGGUGUCCAGGGCCUACCUUGCCAAGGUGUAGUGUAUCCUCACUCGAGGAAUGGCUCAGCAGCACCACAUGCCCAGUGAAAUAUUACAAACUUGUCCCACUCUCUCCUGUUUUUCUUUUCUUCAUUGUGCCAAGCAGAUUAACAGGACAGGCAUCACUGGAGCUCAUUGUAGUGAGUUAAAAUCCUGGAUGUGCACACCCCAUGGGACAGUGGAGGAGAAGAGGAAGAAGAGGAAGAAUAAGAACAAGGACAAGUGGUUCCUCUAUCCUAAGAGAUGUCUUCAGUUUGCCACCCUGAGAAGCCCCAGAGGAAGGCUGAGCAGUGGCAGCACUGUGCUCCAGAGAGCAAUGGCAGAAGGUGACUGCAGUCAGAGCAGCUGGCAGCAGUGGUGUCUGUGGGACAGCAUGGUUUCACUUUGCUCAGUAAAUCACUUUGAAAUUGCAGCUUAAGAUGCUCAACUCAUUUGUCAGAGCUGGGGGAGUUUGAGACACAAGAGACUGGGCUGGGUGAGUGGAGAUCUAGGCUGUAAUUCCUGGUCCUUCAUCUUAAUGCCUUCUUCAGGCCAUUUUUGAGAAGAUUAUUUCCCUGGCUGAUUUUGACAAUUGCUUUGACUCCUGCAGAUGAAUAUUAUUAUUGAUUUCAAUGUCAACUCUGUUUUUCUAAACAGUUAGCAAAACAAUCAAGAGACAUGAUGUAGUAGAGCCAAAAAAAUGGUGAAAUUUUGCUUCUGA